CAACAUACAAUACUACUAUUACCUUCCCCCAUCCCCACCCCACCACCCCUCCAUCCACAUUAAUGUUUACGUUCCCCAAGCCACGACCCAAACCCUCCCUCUUCAAGCUCAACCCACCCAAUAACUUCACACAAACCCGCAAAAUGCGUCUCCCCUACGCCCCCUCCACCCCUCCAGACCCCACCGACCUCCCCACCACCGAAAUCUACUCCCGCAUCGCCGCCCGCCGCCAUCCCCGCCCCCUCAUCCCCCUCGACCUCUCCCUCCUACACUCCCCUCCCGUCGCCGACGGCUGGAACAGCUUCCUGGGCGCCAUCCGCACGCAAACUAUCAUCGACGGCGGAUUGCUCGAGCUCGCCGUGUGUCGCGUGGCCGUGCUCACCAAUGCCAUCUACGAGUGGAAUGCGCAUGCGCCGUUGGCGCUGAAGGGGGGGAUUAAGGGGGCGGAGUUGGGUGCGGUGCGGACACUCCCCUCUCUGGCUGAGGGGGAUGCGAAGGCGGAUGAGCAGUUGGAGGGAAGUCAGUUGACGAGUGUGCAGAAGGCGGUGGUGCGGUAUGUGGAUGAGAUGACGAGGACGGUGAAGGUGCAGGAUAGCACGUUUGAGAAGUUGAAGGAGGUGGGGUUGUCGGAUCGGGAGAUUGUGGAGUUGACCACGGGGGUUGCCGGGUAUAAUUGUGUCAGUCGGGUGUUGGUCGCGUUGGAUGUGGGGGAGAAUAAUGGGAAGGAGAUGAGGAGUGUGGAGGAUUUGGUGGCUGAUCUUGAGAGGAAGUGAUUUAUAUACUAUUCAAGUAUGUUGGGAGGGUAUGGGUGUAUAUAGUGGGUGGGGCGGAUGAAGGGUAUAAGAUGCUUGAUUUGUAUGAAUGAUGGAUGAUAGCUAUGGCCUAGUAAAUAUACCUAAAGUGGAU